AUGUCAGGUGGGGUUGGUCCAUGCAGUGACAUUCGUCUCCCAAAAGAAGAACAAGAACUAGACAAAAAGCUCCAACAUGACACCUACUCAAAAAUCCACCCUCCAACCACCACUACCACCGCCGUGGGCGGCGGUUUCUUCACUUUCCGGCAGCUCAACGCCCUAGCUGUCGUCAUCGUCCUCUCCGCCAGCGGCAUGGUAAGUCCAGAAGACUUUGCCUUCGUCUUCUUCUCCUUCAUCUACAUGUACGUAAUCUCAAAGGUGGCAUUCCCAACUCUCUCUCCUCCCUCCUCCACCACACAACCAUCAGUCUUUCGCCGGAAUAACAAGAUUCUGGCCCUUUACACCUUCGCCGGAGCCGCCAUUGGGCUCUUUCUCCCCAUAGCAUACAUUUUUGAAGGCAUUUUUGAAGGUGACAAAGAGGGUUGGGUUGAUUAUUAA